AUGACGGAUGAACUAGCUGAGAUCAUGCAGAACUUUGACCUUUCUAGCACAGAACUUCAAGCUACUAGCCUUGGUAGCGAGGAGAUAGGGGGAGGGGUGAAAGAAUGCAAAAUCAGCUUGAUUGGUAAAGUAAUGGGAGAGAAAGUCUCAAACUACACUGGGGUCAAAAACUUUGAGACAAUAAUUUGGGGAUACCCUAGAGAACUAAAAGUGGUGGAACUAGGACCGAAUAUGUUUCAGUUCAUUCUACCAGUGGAAAGUGACAGGGAAAGGAUCCUGAAUGGAAGACCCUGGAUAAUGGAUAACCAAGUGCUUGUUAUGAACAACUGGUAUGAAGGAAUAGAGGAGGAUGAAAGGGCAUUCUGCUUAGCACCUCUAUGGAUUCAAGUUUGGAACUUGCCGGUACACUGGAUGUCGAAAGAGGCAAGGAAGAAAAUAGGUUCAAUCUUUCACCAGGUGAGAGAGGUGAUAGUUCCCCAGACUGGGGGUAAAGAAGGUAGACAUUUGAAACUUCUAGUGGUUGCUAACAUUUGCCAACCCCUACUGAGAGGAACCAUUGUUAAGGUUGGAGAUGUAACUAAGUGGGCUAGUUUCAAAUAUGAGAGAUGCCCAGAUUUUUGUUACAAUUGUGGCAUUAUAGGACACAGUGAAAAGACAUGCAAAAAGCAAGUCUAUACUGGAAGGGGGAAGAAGGAUAAUCAAUAUGGGGAUAAUAGAGCUAGAGAUCAGCUCCCAAAGGAAUCAAGGGAUGGGUAUGAGGAACACAAGGAACAAAGUAGGAGUUUAGGAGAAGGAGGAAAUAGCAUUGUGACGGUUCAGCUCCCCAAUACUGGAAACUAUGAAGAGGGAGACACAGAAAUGGAGUUCAUAAGCAUGAGAGCAGAAUUGGAACCAAAGAUGAAAGAUGCUCUAGGUAGACAGAAUAGAAGGAUUCUGAGAGUUCUGAGAUCCCCCAAAAAACAAAGACAGCCUUUGAGUGAGAUUAGCACUAAUACCAUCAGAGAGAAGAAGUCAGGAAAAAGAAAAGAGGUCAUGGGGGAAAUGGAAAUGGAAAUUGAUAAGGACAGCAUGCAAAAUGGAAAAGAGGAAUAA